AAUUGGUCGGGCGAAAGAGAGGGGAUCCGGGUCUUUAUCUUUUUCUGUGAUAGUGGGCUCAUACUUUAGCUUGUUACAUUAGGUUAUUGCGCUGUGCCUUUUUUUUUUUUACGCUCCGCUAUUUCACCUCCUGCUCGUACUCAGAACCGACAAGGGUUUGGUGUUCGUCCGAUUAUUGUUUGUGUGAAAUUGGGAUUAUAAUUCGGUGCUUGGUUCAAGAUGGCAUCGGAUUCGCGGCGAAAUGCGGAGAUUGAAGGUAUGGAAUACUUCAAUUCGGUUUCGGGGUUUUACUGCAGAAUUGUUUUGAACCUGGGACUAACAUUGACCGGUUUAUAAGGGGAUGUACCAAUGGAACCUGUUGAGCAGAAGGGUAUGAAUUGGUACCCACCUUUUGCAUUUUUGCACGCCGUUAUCAUUCCUGCAAAUUACUCGUCUAAUGCUUAUAGAUUCUAUAGCUACUGCAGAUGAAACGCAGACAUCCGAUAACGACGGCGGCGAACGCCCAGUGCGAAGGAAGCUGAAGGAAACCUCUCUUACUUCGGCACCGCGAAGCCUAAACCCCGCAAACGCUGAAGGAUCACAGCACGAUGGAAACAAAAGGGCGAGCAGCAGGGGCAGGAAGCGGUCAUUUAACGAAGAUGAGGAGGAGAAUAUUGAGGAGGAUGCCGGCCAUAGACGGAAAAGGUCGCGCAGCUCGAACGUCGAAGAAGAGACCGGAAAAGUCCAGAAUAAUCUGUCAUCGAAGAUUAUGAGCCCGCAGAAGAAGAGAAGUCGGGAUCAACUGGAUAAGGAGGAGCCCAAGAUGGAGGGCACGGCUGGCGAGAAGGUCGCUGAAGAGACCGCCGAGAAAGAGGUAAAGUCAGUAGCAGAAGGGGAACCCGAGAAGAAGCGGCAUCGGGAUAAUUCUCAGGAGAGGGAGUCGGCUUCCCUUCCAAGCGCUUUUGCGAACACUUCGUCCGUGUCUCCCUUCGGUUCCAUUGGAACUUCGAAGCCAGCUACCAAGGAAGAAGACGCUGCAAACAAGCCCCAAAGCACUUCCAAGUCCGCCUUUGCCUCAUCGAGCUUGGCUGCUUUCGCUAGCUCUGAACAGUCGCCUUUCGGCUCCAUUGGAGACUCCACCGCAUCCGUAUUCAAAAAACCGGCUACUACAGAAUCCGAGAAGCCUAAGACCGGAUUCGCUGCUGUAGAAGGACCUUCAUUAUUUACUGCUGCUGCACCUUCCGGAUUCGGAGGCAUGGCCUCUGGAUUUGCUAGUUUCAGUGGCGGAUUUGGAGCGGCCGCUAAGACAGGGGGAGGCCUUACCAGCUUUGCUGCUCCAGGUGGCUCUAGUCUCUUAAACAGUACCUCUGCCAAACCUUUCGGGGCUGCAGACGACGAUGAGAAGGAAGAGUAUGGAGAGGAAGACGAAGCUGAGAAGGGUCCUGGAGAGUUUGAACAAGACAAGACUGAUGAGAGAUUCUUCGAGCGGGAGAUCGAAACCGGUGAGGAGGAAGAAAAGACAUACUUCUCCUGCAAAGCGAAGCUCUUCCAAUUCUCCAACAUGGAAUGGAGAGAGCGCGGUAUUGGCACCUUCAAGGUGAAUGUUAAAGUAACAAGCGGCAAGGAGGAUAAGAAAGCCGUACGGCUGAUUAUGCGGGCCGAUGGCGUUGGGCGUGUUAUGCUCAACACGCCGAUUUUCAAGGGCAUGAACGUCGGUGAUGCUACAGGCAAGGAACCUAAGGCAACAAAGCAGAUUCUCCUGGCUAGUCUGGAGAGUGGCCGUUCUGCUCCGAUUCUGCUUCGGACCGGGAGCGAGGACAACGCAAGGGAUCUCUACAGAGUCGUUUGCGACCUACUGAGGGAACAAUAG